AAAUGCCUAUAUUUUAUUUUUAGGAAAACUUUGUGUGCAAGUACAAAAUAUGGGAGAAAUAGUAAUGUAACAGAUUUGCAAACCAAUAAUUUGGGGUUAGCUUUUACACAAGUUUUUCUAUUACCUUUGAGAAAGAUAGAUAAUGGGAAAAGAGAGCAUGUAGAAGGUAAGCCAAAAGAAGUAGGAUCAGAACAUUAAUUUCCCAGAACUGUGGACAGUAUUCUGGAUUCACUUGAAUUUAGCAGUGCAUGGAAUCUCUUCAUCCAACCAAUAUAUGCCAUUUUGUUCAGUAACACCAAUUUAAUUUUGCUCUUCUAUAUUUUCCUAGUUAAUGGAGAAUAUCAUGUUAUAGAAAGAGGUAAUGAUAACUUCAUUAGCUGAAAAAAAUGUGUUUCUACUUUCUAGGAUUGGAGAAUUUGUCUGUGAAUUAUUUAAGCUAUGUGACUAUUUAUCUGUCUGUCUAUCUAUCUAAAUAUAUACUUAGAUGAUUGUGCUAAAACAUGCACAGAAUUACACUUGGCUUUACACAUAUACAUCUAAGUAAUUUUUCUACUUCUAUAUUCCCAUUCUUUUCUCCCAAAAUGCCAGAUAUAAAAAUAUUCCAUUAAAGUGAAUGUAUUUUCUGAUUGAGAAAUCAAAUUCCAAUGCAGUCACAAAAUAUAUUUGUUAAUGGGUAUACCACUAGCAAUAAAAUACUACAAGAUAUCUUUUAGCUUUUUUCUCGUGGGUCAUUCAUUUUCCAAAUUUUCCUAGCUUCUAAUUCUAAUGAAGCAGUUACAUUUAUUUCUGUCUCUACACACAAGAAGAAAUUUUUCCCAUUGUCAAAUAAGCUGAAGAAAAUCUUUCAUUCCUCACUUCUCAGCAGCAUGGGUGUUGGGCUCUACCUUAACGUUUGAAAAUAUUUAUCCUCCACUCCUAACUUCCAUCACUGCCAUUGAGUGCAAUUGAUAUCACUGAGCUCACUAAUUUGGGACAGGAAUAAUGAUGCUAAAGCUCUUAUUAGACGAAUCAUUAGGAUUUUAAAAAACCUACACUUGAUGGCCUCAUUGUACCAUUAGGCUAGGAUAUCCCAUGUGUAAAGUACAAGUAAUUAGGGUGAAUGGAGUGAUUUUAGAGAGACUGGGUCUCAAAGAUUGUAGUUGUCCUUGAAAAAAUAUAAGAGUAAAAAGCAAUGGCUCAUGUACAAUACAAGGAAAGCCACAGGAAAGAUUAUAUUCUAGCUAUUUCUUUAUGCUCUUUCUUUUAUGAAGUCUUUACACUCUGAUAAGUUCCUUGUGACAUCUAGAGGGCCAACCACAGUGAAAAGUCAAUAACAGGAAGUAGAUACGAUGCCUUCAUAAAGUUGCUGCUUUAAACUGGAAUGCCAGCUCUCUAGCAGAACUGCACUGUUCUACAGGACCGACAGCACCUGAAUGCUUAGAUGGGAGAUAACUUCUGAUGAGUCUGAUUACACACGCUUAGGUCCUCUGAUUUGCCAAUGGCAGUUGAGGAGGCAUCACUUACUUGCAUGGCGUUUGUGCACAAUUUAUGUUUGUACCCUGGGGCAAGACAGGUUAAUAAGGCCAAGAAGGAGGGGAGGCUGUGGGAGUGGGUAAUAACUGGGGAGGACUUCACAGCAUCAACCUGGGGGAAAGGGAGGAGGGCUGAGGGUGAAGGGUGUUCCCUCCUCCUUCUGCCUAUGUGUUAAGUGGCAAGAUAAAUUUUGAAAGCUGCUGUGAGGAGGAGCUACUGACUGGGUUUUGGGGUGUUUUGUACCCCACCCUCCUCACUUGUAGGAAAGCCUCUUUGCAUUUAGACAUAAUUGAACUGGAAGGAAGCAGACUGGCCGGGGAAUAGGGGGAAAGAAAUUCUCCCGUUGCUCCUCCUCCUCUUUAUCACUUGCCUCCUGACUGUCUUCCAAACCAAGCUCAGCUGCAUCAGGGUGGCAGCAGAAUACCCUGUGCAAGUGCCAGCGUCUUCUUAGCAGCCCUGUGCAUCCCAGGCUGCCCUGUUAUCUGGCCACCGUCCCUGGCCAUUGGGACUGCUUCUGAUGGCUGUGGCCUCCGCUGCCCCAGGGAGCAUCUUCUGUAAGCAGCUCCUUUUCUCUCUCCUGGUUUUAAUACUACUUUGCGAUGCUUGUCAGAAAAUUUAUCUUCGAGUUCCUUCUCAUCUUCAGGCUGAAACACUUGUAGGCAAAGUGAAUCUGGAGGAAUGUCUCAAGUCGCCCAGCCUAAUCCUGUCCAGUGACCCUGCCUUCAGAAUUCUAGAAGAUGGCUCAAUUUACACAACACGUGACCUCAUUUUGUCUUCUGAAAGGAAAAGUUUUUCCAUUUUCCUUUCAGGUAGUGAGAGACAUGAACAACAAGAGAUAAAAGUUGUACUGUCAGCAAGAGAAAACAAGGCUCCUAAGAAGAGACAUACCAAAGACACAGCCCUCAAGCGCAGCAAGAGACGAUGGGCUCCUAUUCCAGCUUCAUUGAUGGAGAACUCAUUGGGUCCAUUUCCACAACAUGUUCAGCAGAUCCAAUCUGAUGCUGCACAGAAUUACACCAUCUUUUAUUCCAUAAGUGGACCAGGCGUGGACAAAGAACCCUUCAAUUUGUUUUACAUAGAGAAAGACACCGGAGAUAUCUUUUGUACAAGGAGCAUUGACCGUGAGAAAUAUGAACAGUUUGCGUUAUAUGGCUAUGCAACAACCGCAGAUGGCUAUGCACCAGAAUAUCCACUCCCCUUGAUCAUCAAAAUUGAAGAUGAUAAUGAUAACGCCCCAUAUUUUGAACACAAAAUGACUAUCUUUACUGUGCCUGAAAAUUGCCGAUCCGGAACUUCAGUGGGACAAGUGACUGCCACAGAUCUCGACGAACCUGACACUCUCCAUACUCGUCUGAAAUAUAAAAUCUUACAACAAAUCCCAGACCAUCCAAAGCAUUUCUCCAUACAUCCAGAUACCGGUGUCAUCACCACAACUACACCUUUUCUGGAUAGAGAAAAAUGUGAUACUUACCAGUUAAUAAUGGAAGUGCGAGACAUGGGUGGUCAGCCUUUCGGUUUAUUUAAUACAGGAACAAUUACUAUUUCACUUGAGGAUGAAAAUGACAAUCCACCAUCUUUCACAGAAACUUCUUAUAUUACAGAAGUAGAAGAAAACAGAAUUGACGUGGAGAUUUUAAGAAUGAAGGUACAGGACCAGGAUUUGCCAAACACUCCUCACUCAAAGGCUGUAUACACAAUCCUACAAGGAAAUGAAAAUGGAAACUUCAAAAUUAGCACGGAUCCAAAUACAAAUGAAGGAGUGUUGUGUGUUGUCAAGCCAUUGAACUAUGAAGUCAAUCGCCAAGUUAUUUUGAAAGUUGGUGUAGUUAACGAGGCACAAUUCUCUAAAGCAGCGAACUCACAAACUCCUACAAUGUGCACUACAACUGUCACCGUUAAAAUUAUAGACAAUGAUGAGGGCCCUGAAUGCCACCCUCCAGUGAAAGUUAUUCAGAGUCAAGAUGGCCUCCCAGCUGGCCAAGAACUCCUUGGAUACAAAGCACUGGACCCAGAAACAGCCAGUGGUGAAGGCUUAAGGUAUCAGAAGUUAGGGGAUGAAGAUCACUGGUUUGAAAUUAAUGAACACACUGGCGACUUGAGAACUUUAAAAGUACUAGAUAGAGAAUCCAAAUUUGUAAAAAACAACCAAUACAAUAUUUCAGUUGUUGCAGUGGAUGCAGUUGGCCGAUCUUGCACUGGAACAUUAGUAGUUCAUUUGGAUGAUUACAAUGAUCACCCACCUCAAAUUGAUAAAGAAGUAACCAUUUGUCAGAAUAAUGAGGAUUUUGCUGUUCUGGAACCUGUAGAUCCAGAUGGACCUGAAAAUGGACCACCUUUUCAAUUCUUUCUGGAUAACUCUGCCAGUAAAAACUGGAAACUAGAACAAAAGGAUGGUAAAACAGCCAUUCUUCGCCAACGACAAAAUCUUGAUUAUAACUCUUAUUCUGUGCCUAUUCAAAUAAAAGACAGGCAUGGUUUAGUUGCAACACAUGUGUUAACAGUGAGAGUAUGUGACUGUUCAACUCCAUCUGAGUGUAGAACGAACGAUAAAAGUGCAAGAGACGUUAGACCAAAUGUAAUACUUGGAAGAUGGGCUAUUCUUGCUAUGGUGUUGGGUUCUGUAUUAUUAUUAUGUAUUCUGUUUACAUGUUUCUGUGUCACUGCUAAGAGAACAGUCAAGAAAUGUUUUCCAGAAGACAUAGCCCAGCAAAAUUUAAUUGUAUCAAAUACUGAAGGACCUGGAGAAGAAGUAACGGAAGCAAAUAUUAGACUCCCCAUGCAGACAUCCAACAUUUGUGACACAAGCAUGUCUGUUGGUACUGUUGGUGGCCAGGGAAUCAAAACACAGCAAAGUUUUGAGAUGGUCAAAGGAGGCUACACUUUGGAUCCCAACAAAGGAGGUGGACAUCAGACCUUGGAGUCCGUCAAGGGAGUGGGGCAGGGAGAUACCAGCAGAUACGCGUACACAGACUGGCAGAGUUUCACCCAACCUCGGCUUGGCGAAGAAUCGAUUAGAGGACACACUCUGAUUAAAAAUUAAACAGUAAAAGAAGGUGUAUUUGUGUGGACAAGAUGAGGAGCAUAAACAUUGUGAAGACUACGUUCGUUCGUAUAACUAUGAAGGCAAAGGUUCUCUGGCCGGCUCAGUAGGGUGCUGCAGUGACCGGCAGGAAGAAGAGGGACUGGAGUUUCUAGAUCAACUGGAACCCAAAUUUAGGACAUUAGCAAAGACAUGCGUCAAGAAAUAAAUGUGCCUUUUAAUAGUGUAAUAUCCACAGAUGCAUAAGUAGGAGUUUAUUACAUGCAGAAUGUUAGCAGCAUCUGCUAAUGUUUUUGUUUAUGGAGGUAAACUUCAUCAUGUAUAGGUAAGGGUACUAUAAAUAUGAGAUUCCCCUACAUUCUCCUUGUCUGGUAUAACUUCCGUGUUCUCUAGAAAUCAAGGUUUUGUUUGCUAAUUCUCUUUUAGGUGCAUGUAUAUAUUGCCCUAGUCAUGACUGUACUGUACACUUUCUUGUACCUUGUAUAUGAAAGCUGAUGUUACUUUUUGUGCUGUGGAAGAACAUUUGGGAAAGCUGGGUAUUAUAGAGGCCAAUGAAAGAUGAAUUUGUGUUGUAGAUGUACGAAUUAAAUAUUUUCUUCAAAAUCUUGGGGAGAAUUAUGUUCUUAGAAAUAUUUUCUUUGGGGCCAGAUAAUUGCAUUCUCUCCACCUGACUGGUUUAAAAAGGACUUUUAAGUAUUCGUCAGUGCAGUCUUCAGUUUGGUGAUUAAGCUCAUUUCUCUUUUACACUUUUGUACUCCUCAGAGCAGUGCUCCCAGCAUUGUUUUCUUUCAGGAUCCUUCAGAGCACGGUCCUUGGACCUCUGCCCAUGUGGAUUUGUUCUCAGGUCCCUUCAACUUCUUGGAUUAUUGGAAAGAUAAGGACCAGAACAAGCUCACAGCAAACUUGAGGGGCAGAGAUUUUACGAAGAUUACCUGAGAAGAUUUCCAUGAAAGAAUUACAACCCUGAGGUUCCUGGGUUGACUUAGGCUCACAAAUAUGUUUCAUUUGCUCAAUAUGGCUUACUACUAACAUUUUAAAAACAUAAAUACAUUAGCAAAAACAUUCACUCUCGAGUUUGGCACAAGCCCACCAUAUCUGUGGUUGCCACCUGCCAUCUCCAAGCAUUUGGACAACUAGCCCUGAUGGCAUUAGGCUGCAACUCUGAAAUACAGAGAUUAGCACCUUGAAUAUGCCCAAAAUUGAAUUACCAUCUGUAUUAAUAGUUAAGACUCAACCUAAAUUUAUAGUUACUUUAAGAAAAUGGGCAGUCAGAAUUAGGGACUAGAAUGUUUAUGAGAAACCCCGUCUCUACUAAAAAUACAAGAAAUUAGCCGGACGUGGUGGUGCAUGACUGUAAUCCCAGCUACUUGGGAGGCUGAGGCAGGAGAAUCGCUUGAACCUGGGAGGCAGAGGUUGCAGUGAGCUGACAUUGUGCCAUUGUACUCCAGCCUGGGCAACAAGAACAAAACUCUGUCUCAAAAAAAAAAGAGAAAAAAUGAAAUCUAUUACUGCAACACUUACCAAACAUUUGUGGAAUGAUGGAAAAAUGAAUGCACACAUUCAGAAAUAAUUUUGAAUGUAUAACAUUUUAACAGGAUAAUAUAUUUUAUUAAUCUAAAAAGAAACUAUAUAUUUAAAUAGCAUUUUCAUAGCCAUUUGUGGCAAACUCUAUAAAUCUAUAAACAAUAACAGUAUGGAAAUUUCUCAUCCAGAAAACACAAAGACUUAAAAAAAUCUAUUAACUAGUUAACUAUUUUUAAAAAUGAGUGGCUUUUAAAAAAAUGUUGGGACUAGUCUUCUUAUUCUUAGUUCCAAAUUAAAGGUGCUUCUUGAUAUGAAACUGCAUAUUGGAUCAAAAGAAAAAAGUGAUUUUAAUAAAUCAGGUUUUAUUUUACAAGGUAUCCAUAAUAUACAAUUUGUAUAAUCAUUAUAAAAUAUUUCUAUGGUCAUGCAAUUUUUGUUUUCUGAUGUACAGUUUGCUCUGAUGAUAAUAUCAGUUCUAAAAUUUUAAAAUAUAAAUUUGGACAUUUAUCAUUAGUUACAUUCUUGAGUGUAGGUACAAAAUGUUCUUGGAGCAAUUAAAAAUCAUUAACUGAACCUUAACUUUAAUUGUACUUUUAUGUUCAGAUAUAAAUUUUCUUUUCCAUAAUUAAGCAAGUGAAAAGAAAUAUGAAGACAACCGAACAUAUGUAAAUUAAAUUUCAGCCAAUGAUUUUUAAUUGCUCCAAGAACAAUUUGUAUCUACACUCAAAAAUGUAAUAAUUAAUGUCCACAGGUAGAUAUCUUAGCAAGAGAAGAUACUUUAAAAGCAUUAGAAAAAUUAUUAGAAAAUGUGGGAAAUAAAUUUGUAUUAACCAGUUUUGGCUAUUUAAAAUAUUUUCAAAAUAUCGUUAGAGUUUAUCUCCGAGAAACUUUGACUUUUGGUUUAGUUAGGCAAUUCAAAAUCAUUCUGUUUACUCCCAAAAUUAAAUGUUAAUUGUGUGAUUGAUAAAAUGUGUGACACUCUAUCAGAAUGCUUACAAAUUUCAUUUGUUAAUAAAAUAUUGUAUUUCAUGAAUUUAUUUCAUAUAACUUGUCAGUUAAUUGUCAAUUAAUAAGUUAAUAGUUAUGAAUGGUUUUUCUAGAAUUAAAUCAGUAUUGAGGAAGAUAUACAGUUAUAUUUUCUUAUCUUGUUUCAGAUCUCAAAUAUUUCAUGUGAAAAAAUUUCAUGAGAACACCAAGAUAGAUGAAAAUCAAUGUAAUUUUAUAAGUGAGCUUCGUUAGACAUGUCCUAAUUUUACUGAACUUCUGCUUACUCCUGUGCUUAUUAAAAGUAUUUCAUAAAACUUGACAUCUAUGCGUAUCUUUACUUUCAGAAAAUGUCAUAUGCUGUGUUAUUUAGAAAAUGCUCAAAAUAGAUGUUUUAGAGUCAAAGAUUUUUAUUAUCGCAGAAGAGCUAACUCCCUUUUUAUUGUAUGUUAGUUAUGAAAGUUCUGUACUAGUUGAAAAACCUAAAUGAAAUUAGGGCAAUGAAACAAUGUAUAUUGCUGCAUUUUUCUACUCUCUUAUCUGCUUUUCUAAUAAAUCUGAAGGAGUGUUGCAUUUGACUAGACACUGCAUUUGUCUUUCUGUUUUUGUAGAAAAAAAGAAAAAAGAAGCAUAGCAGGAGAAAACAUUACUAAGAAUGGAUAGAUUCUUGCGUAUUUUAUAGGGCCCAAUAAAAUUAAGUUAGCAGAGCAGAGUUUUUCA